AUAAUUUUCCGUGAAAUUUUGUAGUGGACACCAGGGCCCGGCCCCCUUCGGGGCCCGGCCCUGGGGAAAACUCCCACCUGGCAGCCCCUCGUAAGGGCCCUGAGUUAAUGCUAACCAGCACGUCGGCCACGUUUUCUUUUCCCGUGACCUGUAUCAACGGUAAAAUAAGGCCAGCCUCCAAAAGCAAGGUGCACUUGGUUACCUUCGUAGCCAAUAUUCUUAUUGACCUAGCUCGGAUCUCGGUAUAUUUAGAAUGGUUCGCAGUAAACGUUUGGUUUGGAAAUGCGGAAAUUUGGAAAACGAUUAUGAUGCUCUACAUCGUCGCAGGAUUUAGUGCUGUGACGUUGUGCAAAAUAAUAUUCGGCUGGAGACAGGAAGAAACGGGGGCAUUAAUUAAGACAAGUUUUGACUUGGAAGAGUUUGCAGGCAAGUUAGGUUAUCAAGUGGCCGUGGAACGCUGGCGAUCUGUGUGGUUUAUUUGGGCGAUAUUUACCCCACCCUCUCUCGCCAGUUUGGACGCAUUGGUCGCCCUUUUCAAGCCCUGUAUGCCACCCGCUAUGACCAUGACAAUGUCAUCCUGCCAAUCUUGGGAUGAUACUGAUGGAGGUAUCACGUUGCCUACCAGAGUGGUGUUUGCUGCUCUGGAAUACUACACUUUGUCUGGCGUCACUGGAACCGUGUGUCUUUUGACUGGGGCCAUUAUCCUGUAUCCUGUUCUUGUCAUGGAGAUUUGGAUAAAAUAUGUAACAGCGUAA